AUGGGAUUUCUGGCCACAACCUCAACUUCCGGCUACAGGGGCUCUCUGCCCAGUGGUCUGUUGGCCAUAGCAGAAGAGCAUCCUGUCGCAUUUAUGGUACCAAUUGCGAUAUCAAUUUUACUGGGAUAUAUCAUCUACACAGCAAUCUACAAUGUCUACUUCCACCCCCUCGCAAACUUUCCCGGACCAAAAUACCUAGCUGCGUCACGAAUUCCUCUGGCCGUGAAGCGCCUAACCGGUGAAGAAGUCGCAAUGACUUACAAGCUACACAUCAAAUACAGUCCAUAUGUUCGCGUUUCCCCCGACGAGUUAAGUACAAUCAGCACAGCUGCCACCAAAGACGUAUACGGACACAACACCAGAGCUGGUGGUGUUCCCAAGGACUUCAAGGCAUAUUACAUGAAGAACCAGCGUAAAGAUGGUACUGAGGGCCUAUUGACCGCCGGCGACGAUGAGCAUUAUCGCCAGCGAAAAGUAUUCGCUCCGGCGUUUAGCGACCGCGCCAUCCGCGAGCAGGAGCCUCUGUUGAAGAAGUAUACGGAUCUGUUGGUUGCAAAAUCGUACGAGAAAUGUCAAACCGCAGGAAAAGUCGACAUGGUCAUGUUCUUCAACUUUGCUACAUUUGACUUUAUUGCCGAUUGCGUGUUUGGCGACUCCCUGCACCAUCUUGAAAGCAUGGAGUAUCACCCUUUUCUGGCCAACAUCACUGCCACGGUGCGAUUCAGCGCCAUGCGGAGAGUUCUGAGGUCGUUUCCCAUUCUUCAAGCUAUUUUUGAGGCAUUUAUGCCCAAGUCCAUGAUUAAGAAGCGGCUGGAACAUGUCAAGUUCUGUGAUGAGCGAGUUAUGAACCGGUUGGCGAAUGACAAUCCGAGUCAUCCUGACUUUUGGACCUUGGUUGAGAACGCAGAGGCUAAAGGUAACGGGUUAACAAAAGGUGAGAUGCGACAGAAUGGUUUUCUGCUUCUCACAGCUGCGACGGAAACUACGUCAUCGCUAAUGAGCGCGAUUACGUAUUUGCUCUGCAAGAAUCCGGAUAAGAUGAAGAAGCUGCAGGCUGAAGUGAGGGGCGCGUUCAAGUCCACCGACGAGAUGAAUACGAUUACGCUACCCAAACUGCAGUACUUGCAGAUGGUUAUCGAGGAGGGUCUUCGUGUCUAUCCCCCUGUUCCGGGUGGUCUUCCUCGCCGCGUUGUUCAGCCAGGGACUACACUCGAUGGUCAUGUUCUCCCCGUUGAUUCUGUCGUGUUCUACUCGCAGUACGCUUCUUAUCAUUCGCCUAGCCAUUUUGUCCGUCCGCAUGAGUUCAUUCCCGAGAGAUGGAGCCAAAAUCCUCCCGCUGAGUUUGCCAACGAUCGGCUGGAAGCAGUACAGGCCUUUUCAGCGGGGCCAAGAGACUGCAUUGGAAAAAAUCUUGCGUACCAUGAAGCACGAAUGCUGCUCGCCAAGUUUGUCUUCACGUAUGACAUUGAGCUCUGCAAGGAGAGCAGCGACUGGAUUAAGCAAAAGGUAUAUAUUGUUGGCGCCAAGAGCCCACUGUGGGUGAAACUAGUCAAGCAUGAGAGGGCAGAUUAA